AUGGCCACAUCUUCGUCACUUAAACGGGAAUGGGUUCCGGUUCCGAUCAUAGUGGGAGCGGGUCCAUCUGGGUUGGCCACGGCCGCCUGCCUUAAAGAGAGAGGGGUACCGGGCCUUAUUUUGGAGCGAGCCGACUGCAUAGCCUCGCUGUGGCGGCACAAGACGUACGACCGGCUCCGGCUUCACCUCCCCAAGCGCUACUGCGAGCUCCCGCUCAUGCCCUUCCCUCGAAUUUCCCAAACUAUCCCACGAAACAACAGUUUAUUUCCUACUUGGAGUCCUAUGCAACACGGUUCGGGUUGGACCGGUUUUCAACAGGACGUGGCAACUGGGGAGAACGCAGAGGAGGUUUUGCCGAGAAUUGAAGGGAUAAGUGAGUUUAUAGGGCCCAUUGUUCACACUAGCAAUUAUAAGAGUGGGGAAGGGUUUAGGGGGAAGAAAGUUUUGGUGGUCGGGUGCGGGAAUUCGGGUAUGGAGGUGUGUUUGGAUCUUUGCAACUACGAUGCUCAACCCUCCAUUGUGGUUCGAGAUUCAGUGCAUGUGUUGCCGCAAGAGAUUUUUGGAAGAUCAACUUUUGGGUUGUCCAUGUGGUUGCUCAAGUGGUUCCCUAUGCGGGUUGUGGAUCAUUUUCUACUCCUCAUGUCCCGACUCAUGCUUGGCAACAUAGCUCGGCUCGGUCUCACCAGACCCAAGCUCGGUCCUCUUGAACUUAAGAGCCUUACCGGCAAGACGCCAGUGUUGGAUGUUGGAACACUAGACAAGAUAAGAAGAGGAAGCAUCAAGGUUUGCAAGGGAAUAAAGAGACUAAAGCGUCAGUCAGUGGAGUUUGUAGAUGGGAGGGUGGAGAAUUUUGACGCUAUCAUCUUGGCUACUGGCUACAAAAGCAAUGUUCCUACUUGGUUGAAGGAGGACAAAUUUUUCUCUGAGAAGGAUGGUUUUCCAAGGAAACCAUACCCAUUUGGAUGGAAAGGUGAAAAUGGAUUGUAUGCUGUCGGAUUCACUAAGCGUGGACUGCUUGGAACGUCAUUGGAUGCACGAAGAAUCGCCCAAGACAUCGAGCAACAAUGGAAAGACAGGCCAAGCAAUCUAAGGCACCAUAUAAUUGAGAUCAAAGCUUUCAGAGACUAG